AUGCGCUCCAUCCUCCUCACCCUCAUUAUGAGCUUAGCCUCAGCGUCCCCCAUCACACCAGCAUACCCCGAAACCACCACAUCCAAAGGCUUCCGGCUCGUCGUCAACGUCACAGAUCCCUCCCGCGACUUCAACCCCCCCAUCCACAACACAUACAUCACAGGCAGCCACGUCGGCACCCUCAACGACGCCGUCAUCCCCAACGAGGACAAGAAGCACGCCCGCAUCUUCUUCGUCAACGGGACCCAGGACGAAGCCAACGCCGACAAGGCCACCACCAUCUGGGCCGACUGGGACACCUACCGCAGCUGGAAGCUCAACCUGGAGUCCCCCUCGCAGACGCUCUCCGGCGCAUUCAUGUCCGGCGGCGAGGGCACCGUAGGAGCCGGAAUCAGACACUACAAGAGUCCGUAUGCGUUUCUCACGCCAGAGACGUAUGUUGCUUGUCGUCAGGUGCUUCCCAUUGGGGGUGAGCAGGUCGUCAUCAAGCAGGCCAAGACUACGUACCCGACAAACGGGUCGCCUAAUUACAAUAUUCCCAAGGACUGUGCUCCCGUUCGGCUGCUGUCUGAGUGUGCUGAGCUGCUGCCUCUUUCUCCUGAUGCGAGGUUCAACUAUAGGUUUGCGGUGGAGUCUCAGUGCUACAAGGACGUGAGGGGGAUUGACUGGACCAAGUACAUGUAA